GUCUGGUGACGGAAGAGAUUGGCACGAAAAGGAAACAGUUCCUCCCCAAUAUGGGCCAAGGCGGAUAAUCUCAUUCCGUCUGGCUGCCUCCGGAUCCACCGCCGCGGCCCGAGCGCGGCUCCUCUCCCUCCACGUGAGGGGGAAGGGCCCGGCCUGGGAGUUCCUCGGUGACGCACACUUCCAUAUAUGGCGGCCCGGGGAGGAGCGCCACCCGCGAGCGGCGCGGUACUUAAGCUCCCGCGCGGAACUGGGCUGCAGACUGGGACCAAAGUAGGAUCCUCCGCGGGCUUGCGAGAGAAGCAUCGCCGGGACUGUUGCGCAAAAGCUCACCGUCUUCCACCUUUCCUGUUCUUGUUUGCCCUCUCUCUCUCUCGAGCUCUCGGGUUUCCUCGGCCGGCGCAAGGAUGGUGAUCGAGGAGGUGGUGCCCCUGGCGAGCUCCGGCCUGGCCGCGCUGCUGCGGGACCCCCGGGAGAGCGCGCGCACGCUGGCGCUGGACUGCCGGCCCUUCCUGGCCUUCUGCCAGGCGCACCUGCUGGACUCGCGGCCCGUGCACUGGAACGGGCUGCUGCGGCGCCGCUCCCGCGGCCGGAGCGCCGUCAGCCUGGACUGGCUGCUCCCCGACCGGGCGCUGCUGGCCCGGCUGCGCAAGGGCGAGCUCAGCCACCUGGUGGUGCUGGACGAGGCCAGCCGCUCGCCGGCCGCGCUGCGCCCCGACAGCCUGGCCCGCCUGCUGCUCAACGCGCUGCUGCUGGAGGAGCGAGCCGGCACCUCGCACAUCUACCUGCUGCAAGGUGGCUUUGAGAAUUUCCAAGCCAAUUUUCCAGAACUGUGCUUGACAUCGCCAACACCUGCCACAUCGCCUCCAUCUCCAUCUCCUGCUCUCCAAAGCCCUGAAGACAACAGCACAGAAGCAAUUACUCCCUUGUAUGACCAGGGGGGGCCAGUGGAGAUUCUGCCAUUCCUCUACCUGGGCAGCUGCUACCACUCCUCCAACCGGGAGGUUCUGGAGUCCCUCGGAAUCACUGCUGUGCUCAACGUCUCCUCCAGCUGCCCCAACUACUUCGAAGGCCAGUUCCUGUACAAGAGCAUCCCAGUGGAAGACAACCACAUGGCUGAGAUCAGUGUGUGGUUCCAGGAAGCCAUUGACUUCAUUGAUUCGGUGAAGAACAGCAGUGGGCGCGUGCUGGUGCACUGCCAAGCUGGCAUCUCCCGUUCGGCCACCAUUUGCCUUGCCUACUUGAUCCAGAGCCGCCGGGUGCGGCUGGAAGAGGCCUUCGACUUUGUCAAGCAGCGCCGUGGGGUGAUCUCUCCCAACUUUGGCUUCAUGGGGCAGCUCCUGCAGUUCGAGACAGAGGUGCUGUGUCAUUAGCCUAGCCGCCCCACAGACCCAGCUGGGAGGGUGGGGCGACCUUCCUCUCUGCGGACAAAAAGACUGAUAAUGUGUGUUUCUGUUUACAUCUCCAAGCGGGUGCUGCAGCAAAGGACAAUGUUGUGGUUUUUGUUCAUUUGUUUUCUAUUAUCGUAAUGCAAUGAUAUUGUGCUAAUCCAGCCUUCUGCAGUCUGGUGUUCUCCAGAUGUUUCGGACACUGGGGGAGUUGUAGAUCUGGAGGACACCAAGUUAGCAAAGGCUGGGUUAAGCCAUUGUACCCUAUAUGGUAUGCUGAUGUCAAAGUGAAGUAUAAAAUGUGAACAAGCCAGCAAGAGGCUUAUAGUUGGAUAGCCGUUGCCGGUGUGUAUCUCACCCUUCCUUCGUGGAGCUUAAGGUGGCAUGAACAAGGCUCUUCUCAUUUGUCCCUCGCAACAGCUUUUGAGAGAGGGGUUAACCAGAGAGGGUGACUGGCAUCUAGACACCCUCUAAGUUCCAUGGGCUGAGUUAGCCUUUGGGAACCUGAGUCUGCCUUGCUUGUGUCCCAACUCUUCACCACUGUGCCACCCCUUCAGCUGGAGCACUGGGAAUCACUGCUGGGUUGUGGCUUGGCCAAAAGGACAAAACAAGUAUGUCCCUCAAUGCUUGUUUGGACUUAAGGUGAGUCCCAGGUUUGAAAAAGCUGAAGAAGACUUAACUGCAACUGGCCUAAUUCUCCCUUCAGCACGAAUAUUCAGGUUGAAUGGAGGUGACUUUAUAGUCCUAUGGCUAAGGCACUACAGUGUCCCUCCUUUUCUACAUCUUGAUCAGCUGGCCCUAUGCAGGAAUUGAUAGCACACUUCCCCAUUCAAAGGCUUCUCUCUGCCUUCUGUCAGAAAAACUGAAGCUGUUUCACUGAAGCUUUAAAGAGUAAUAUGUAAGUGAGAGGUCCUUUUAAAAAGAAGCUUGGUUGGCUAUCUUCACCUGACUAUCCUCAAGUCAACUGUAGACCAGAUUUUAUUUUAAGCAUAGGAAGUAAGAUUAUACACUUGAACUACUCUAUCUCCAUUGUCCAAGCGGUAUGAGCUGCUUGCCUCUGGUCUCCAGCCUUAUGCGGGUCAGCCAUAGAUCAUCAAGCUCCAUCCGUAACGGAUUGCUCGUUAUUCAUAUAUGCUGUGAAACUGGGAGUCGAUAAGCUUUAUUAGGGUGAGAGUUGGGUUACGCAUCCCCAGAUCAAGAGGGGAGAAUUCACUGCCAAUUGUACAGCUGCCCCCUCCCCCAGCCCUGGGGAAGAACAGGCAAGUAUCCUGCCUUCUGGUAUGGAGGCGGCGGCGGGGGGGGGGUAGGAGAAGGGGCUCUCUUCUUCUGAAUGCACUGAGAAUGGACAACACCCACUGCAGCCAAAUAAACCCCUCCU